UUGGAGCGUGUGUGUGUGCUCUUGAUUUUCCUUCCUCUUCCAGAGACUCAAGCGAGUUCGCUGGGCAGGAGAGGGGAAAAAAAUAAAAAUACAACAAAUACACACACGCGCAUUUUUUGUAAAGGGAAUCCCUCUUUUUCUCCUGGAUUUGUGGAUGCACCGAUGAGAGAUCCAGCCUUCCCAGGGACUGCCAUGGCUUACCACCCCUUCCACGCACCCCGGCCGGCUGACUUCCCCAUGUCCGCUUUCCUCGCAGCCGCCCAGCCGUCCUUUUUCCCGGCUCUGGCUCUGCCUCCGGCGGCGCUGGCGAAGCCCAUGCCGGACCCGGGGCUGGCCGGGGCGGCCGAGGCCGGGCUGCACGUCUCGGCCCUGGGACACCACCACCAAGCCGCCCAUCUGCGCUCGCUCAAGAGCCUGGAGCCCGAGGAGGAGGUCGAGGACGACCCCAAAGUAACGCUGGAAGCCAAAGAGCUCUGGGACCAGUUUCACAAGCUGGGCACCGAGAUGGUGAUCACCAAGUCCGGGAGGAGGAUGUUCCCCCCGUUCAAGGUGCGGGUGAGCGGCCUGGACAAGAAGGCCAAGUACAUUUUGCUGAUGGAUAUAGUGGCGGCCGACGAUUGCCGGUACAAGUUCCACAACUCCCGCUGGAUGGUGGCCGGCAAGGCCGACCCGGAGAUGCCCAAGCGCAUGUACAUCCACCCCGACAGCCCGGCCACGGGGGAGCAGUGGAUGGCCAAACCUGUUGCCUUUCACAAGCUGAAGCUCACCAACAACAUCUCGGACAAGCACGGCUUUGUAAGUGCGGCUGCGGGGCAGAGUGUGGCCCCCGGGCAGGGACCCCGGGCAGGCGCGGGGUUUCCCGGUGCCGGUGCUGCCCGGCCCGAGGAGAACGGCGGGGCUUUAAGGGCUCCUCCAGCCGGGUCGGGCUGGGCGGCGGGGCCUGGCCGGGCCUUGCGGCUCUGCGGGGACAGGGACUUGGGGCGGUGGAUGUGCGGGGCCGAGGCCGUGCGGGGGAUGCAGCGAGAGCAGCCCCGACGGGGCGGCGGGGCCGCGGCCGACCAGGGGCUGUCAGCGCUGAGCGGCCGUAGCGCGAGGGCCCAUUUCUGCCCCCAAAAUGAGUUUCUCUCCUUAAUAACGAUCGCAGCUUCGCUGUCGCAACCUCUCCCUGACACCAGGGCUCUUGCCUCCCCUGGGUGCUUCUGCUCUGACCCUCUGCCCCUCCAUCCCCUUGCAGAGGAGAAGCCGGGGGCCGACAGUGAUGCGGAGGUGGAGAAGGUGCCCGAGGAGCGGCCGGUGGCAGCCGCCAGCCCCAGCGGGGAGGACGCGACGCCCCGCGGCAGCCCCCGGUGCCUGGAGGAGCGGGGCAAGGAGAGGCACAGCCCGGAGAAGGUCAAGGAUGGCGCAUCCCCCCGGGAGGGUCCCGGCGAGGGCCUGUUCGGCACGCGGGGCCUGGAGAAGGACAAGGUGGAAGGACGGAGGAAAGAGACGGAGCCGGGCAAGAAGGACACGGAGGGCAGCGGGCUGGGCAAGGAGGCCUUCGCCCCGCUGAUGGUGCACACGGACAGCCCCCCGCACCUCAGCGCCGGGCACCUGCAGAGCCUGGCGCUCUCCGGCCUCCACGGGCAGCAGUUCUUCAGCCCGCUGGGGGCUGGGCAGCCCCUCUUCAUCCACCCGGGACAGUUCGCCAUGGCCCCUGGCGCCUUCUCUGCCAUGGGCAUGGGACACUUGCUGGCCUCGGUGACCGGUGGGGGCAGCCUGGAGAAUGGAGCCCUCUCGUCCGCCCCGGGCGCGGCAGGGACGGCCACCCCCUUCCCUUUCCACCUCUCCCAGCACAUGUUGGCCUCUCAGGGAAUCCCGAUGCCCACCUUCGGCGGACUCUUCCCCUACCCCUACACCUACAUGGCGGCAGCAGCGGCGGCCGCCUCGGCCAUGCCGGCCACCAGCGCCGCGGCCGCGGGGCCGCUGUCCCGCAACCCCUUCCUGGGCAGCAGCCGCCCCCGCCUGCGCUUCAGCCCCUACCAGCUCCCGGUCACCAUCCCGCCCAGCACCAACCUGCUGACCACCGGCCUCCCCGCCAGCCUCAACCCCGGCUCCGAGGGCUCCAAGGCCGGCAGCAGCCGCGAAUCCAGCCCCCUCCCCGAGGUGCCCCUGCACAAGGGGGGCAGCCAGCGCCCCGCCGCCUCCCCCAAGGGCUCCCUGAAGGAGUCCCUCAAUGAACUGCAGAACAUCCAGAGACUGGUGAGCGGGCUGGAGAGCCAGCGGGAGCUGUCACCCGGCAGAGAGUCCCCCAAGUGACCGACGGGGCGGGCGGCGAGCCCUCCCGGCGGGGCGGAAAGCACUGGUAUUUUGUACAGCACAGUAUAAAUAUUUAUUGUGGAGCGAGGGGUGGGCGCGGACAGGGAGCGGAGUGCUGGAGCAAAGGGAUGGACCCCGCUGGCCAAGCGGACCCACCACCCCGGAACCAGGAGGGAGCGGUCGGAGCGCGGGGCUCACCUGCCCCUUCAGCUGUGGGGCUGGGAGCGGCUCCCCCCACUCCAGUGAGGCCACGGAGCCCCCAGGACACCCCAUUCCCCCGUUCCGGGCACUGGGCAGCUCGAGGGGGGGUAACGAGCCCAUGUGGAGACACCUGAUGGAUGGGGCAACCCCGACUCCAGCCCCAGCCCCGAUCCCGGGCAGGUGAGAGGGGCCAAACCCUCAUCUGUGCAAGGGGAGGGGGAAGGAAAAAAUAAUUUAAAAAAUAAGGAAAAAAAAAAAAGAUAUAAGAAACAGAAGAUGGAAAACAAGCCGCCUCGGCAGCCACCGCGCAGAGCGGGCACGGCGGGGGAGCCUCGUGGGUACCUGGGCAGAUAUUUAUGAAAUAAAUGGUAAUUUGUGUAAAUAAGCUAUAAGGAUCCCAGAAUAUGCAAAUUGGUAUUAAUUUAUUCAGAGUUGUACAUUGGUGUGUACAUAAUAUUUAGAGUUUAACUCAUCGCAUUUAAGGGUUUUUUUCUUUUUUUUUUUUUUCAUUUUACAUGAACAUAUAUAUUGUAAAUGAAAACUAUUUAGCUCUUUGUGAUUGAAGGAGAUAUCGGUUUCUCUAACUGUGUUUUAAAAUAUUGUUUAUCCCGCCUGUUCUCUAGGACAAUCAUGUGCCACCAGUAAAACGAUUUUUGGAGUCACUGAAACUAAGAGUUCAAUCCUUUAAUGGACUUUUGCAAGAAAAAAGAAAAAAAAAAACAGCAAAUCCAAAACUUAACUAAAAUAUCGCUACAGUGCGGGGUAUAGAGAAUGCAGGAAUAAACCUCAGGUUUUUAUUUUUCACUCCAGAACAAAAAAAAAAAAGUAUAAUAAAUUUAAAUAUCACAGGACUGUGCUCUAUAUUUGUUUUAAAAUAAAAAAGAUACAUGAUUUGCAACGUGCUGGUUACUCGGGUAUCUGUCUGUUCGGUUUUGAUGAAUUCUCACAUCUUUCAAUAAAAAAAAAAAAAUCUACUCGGAGAA